AUGAAGGGCUCCAUCAUUGCCGGUGCCGUCGCCACUCUGGCGGCUGGCGCGGCUGCUCAAGCCGGUGCCUGGGCCCAGUGCGGCGGUCAGAACUGGUCUGGCGCGACGACCUGUGUCUCUGGGCACACUUGUGUCUUUGUCAACCAGUGGUACAGCCAGUGCCAACCCGGUGCUGCCCCUCAGCCAACGACCCUCGCGACAUCGACCACCCGUGCUGCGACGACCUCGGCGGCUGCUACCCCUACCUUGGCCCCGGGCAAGUUCAAGUGGUUCGGUACCAACCAGGCUGGUGGCGAGUUUGGAGAGAAGACGUAUCCUGGUGUUUGGGGGACGCAUUUUAUCUUUCCGGACAAUAAUGCCAUCAGGACACUGAUUAACCAAGGCUACAACACCUUCCGCGUCGGCUUCGCCAUGGAGCGUCUUGCCCAAAACGGCCUGACCAACUCGUUCGACGCGGGUUACCUCCGCAACUUCACCGACUCCAUCAACUUCAUCACCAACGCCGGCGCCUACGCCGUGCUCGACCCCCACAACUACGGCCGCUACUUCGGCAACAUCAUCACCAACACGGCCGACUUCCAGACCUUCUGGCGCAACCUCGCCACUCAGUUCGUGAACAACCCCCGUGUUAUUUUUGACACCAACAACGAGUACCACACCAUGUCCCAGGACCUGGUCCUCCAGCUCAACCAAGCCGCCAUCAACGGCAUCCGUGCAGCGGGCGCAAAGGAGCAGUACAUCUGGGUCGAGGGCAACUCUUGGUCCGGAGCCUGGACUUGGAACGUCACCAACACCAACCUUGUCGCGCUGACUGACCCGAAGAACAAGAUUAUCUACCAGAUGCAUCAGUACCUGGACUCUGACGGGUCGGGGACAGCGCCGGCGUGUGUGAAUGCGCAGAUUGGGGCUCAGAGGGUGGUGGGCGCUACUGCCUGGUUGAGGGCGAACAACAAGAAGGGGAUUCUGGGUGAGUUUGCUGGUGGGCCAAACGAUGUUUGCAAGCAGGCCGUUAGGGGACUGCUGGAUCACUUGAAGGCGAAUAGUGAUGUGUGGCAGGGGGCGUUGUGGUGGGCUGGGGGUCCGUGGUGGGGAGAUUACAUGUUUAGCUUUGAGCCGCCUAGUGGGACGGGGUAUGUGAACUAUAAUAAUAUCUUGAGGGAGUAUAUUUAG